CGUGCGGCUGCCGUUUCGUUUGUUAUCCCAAGCGCGCCGCUACACAAAUAAUAAACAAAUUCACCUAUGAAUUGCUAUAUUUUUAUAAAAUUAGCGCAAUGUGAAAGCAGCAAAAGCAAAAAAAGUAUUUGCAACAAAUAGAACAAGUGUUGUUGUUGUUGUGGUGGUUGCUGCUGUCGCUAACAUAAUUGACUCUGCAACAUGACGACAUCGACAACAUGCUCGACCACGCCCACUCAGCAGCAGCAGCAGCAACUGCUGGGCAAUGUGCAAAAGCAGCGCGGCCGUGUACAUCAAGUGCUAAAAUGUGUUAUUAAUUUGCACAUUGAGUUUUUGAUGCUCGAGUCUGAGGUGGCCGCAUUACUCAGCGAGGUGAGGACAUUGAAUGACGACUUUGCGGAGGUGCAGCGCCUGGACAGUUUAAUUGAAGCGUUGCGUAAUUACAGUGGACCUACCAUAUGCCACGAAUGGCCAUAUCCUUUGAUAUUCAAGGGCACAAUUGAUGAAGCACAUGUUGCACAAAUACUCAACAACAACAGCAGCUGCAGCUAGAAAUCAAAGAUUAGUAUUAAGCUGUAAUUAUUUAUUAAUAAAUAUAUGAAAUGUUAGAA